AUGGCACAAAUCCGUGGUACGGCAGGAUAUAAUCUGGGGUCCCAGAACACCUCAUUCGGAGGUCCCUCUAGAGGUGACAACCAGGACCCGAGCCCCCUCGACCAGAUAAGGGAGCAAACUAGCAAGAUUGAGGACUUCCUGGACACUCUCAGCGACCCUGUCAAACCUUAUUUACCAGCAAUUGGGCGAUUCCUCAUCGUUGUGACAUUCCUCGAAGAUGCGCUCCGAAUCAUUACACAAUGGAACGAUCAGCUACUAUACCUCCACGACUGGCGCAAAAUUCCAACCGGUCUUACCCACCUCUUCCUAAUUGUAAACGUCCUCGCCAUGAUCUCUUGUUCGACUCUCGUUAUUGCCCGGAAAUACUCAGACUACGCAGUUGGUGGGCUCAUCGGGGUAGUUGUUACACAGGCGCUUGGAUACGGCCUCAUUUUCGACCUGAACUUCUUCCUGCGUAAUUUGUCCGUCAUGGGUGGCUUGUUGAUGGUGCUGUCCGAUUCAUGGGUUCGCAAAUCAAAGGCCUUCGCUGGCUUACCAUCGGUCGACGAGAAGGACCGCAAGAUGUACUUCCAGCUCGCGGGCCGUGUCCUGCUGAUCUUCCUCUUCGUCGGCUUUGUUUUCAGCGGCACGUGGAGCAUCUGGAGAGUCAUCGUUGCGGCUUUGGGCUUUGUGGCCUGUGUCAUGGUAAUCGUGGGCUUCAAGGCAAAGUUCAGCGCUAUCAUGCUUGUUGUCAUUUUGAGCAUCUUCAAUUUACUUGUCAAUAACUUCUGGACUCUCCACGAACACCACCCCCACAAGGAUUUCGCCAAGUACGAUUUCUUCCAAAUUCUCUCCAUCGUUGGUGGUCUCCUCCUACUCGUAAACAGCGGCCCAGGCAAAUACAGCAUCGACGAGAAGAAGAAGGUCUACUAG